GUUAAGUACAUCAGAUAAUCUACUCAUCACAAUUCAAGAUAAGAUAAAAUGGGCUGACACAAUGAGUGAGCUGGACAAGAAGCAUAAAAAAGAAGCCGAAGAGAGAAUGGAGGAAGUGAAAAAGACACUCUCCCUCAAGAAGUCACAAACUAUGAGCAGGCAAACAUUGACUUUCGAGGCCCUGAGGAGAUGUUCCCCGAACCAAGUGGAGUGAUGGAUUAUGUUGAAGACCGAAGCCGACCUAAGAGGAGGCACCACCCGUUGGGUUAAAGAGGACCAAAGAGCAAUUAGUCUUUUGGGAUGGGGAUUGUUGCACAGGCUAGCUAGAUUUCUCAACAUUGUUGCACAGGAAGAAAUUGAAGAGCCGAUGUGGGCGGAUCUCAGCGUUUGUGAUUCGACCAAUGAUGAGACGUAUCUCUUUUUUCUUUAUGAUGACUCAUGGUUCAACAUAAGCCAUGAGUUCCAUCAAUGCUCUUCACGCCAGUUAAUCUCUAUUGUUUUAGGUCCUGCAAACUUGAUAAACAUACAAGAACCAACGUCUCCAAAGCUCCCAGCCUCAGUCACAAAAUCAAGAGGCAAAAACUAUAAAAUUAAGCAGUGGGAACAAAGAAAGGGUAAAGCCAUCCCCAACAAGCAACAUCCGGUCAAAACGUUCGUGUUGAAUCUGCUCCUGUUGACCAGUGAAAAGUCCAACUUCUGAUGCCAAUCCAAAUCGAAGGGAUAACAUUGUGGUUGGGGCAACAUGUAAGCAAUGAUCGGAUUGAUGUUAAAAAGCAUAAAAGGUGGAAGUUUUAUCAAGAUUUUUAUGUCUAAGAAUGGAAGGUUAGUCAGUCCUACUUUAAUAAGAACAGGUUCGCGCUUCUGUUUAACAAGGCCAGGGACAAAACGGCGCGGGUCUGCGAUUAUUAUGUCAAAACAAGUUUGGUUGUUUGCUGGGAAGUGGCUGGAAAAGUCUUGUGCAGUCGUUGGCUGAAAGAGAUGAGUUGGAACAACUUCUGGCUAUGUUGUGGCAACAGGUUUUCAAUGGCGACAACGACAAGUGGCUGUGGAAAAUAGGUAACAACAAGGGGGGUUUUCGGUUAAACUGGUGCGCUAUAUCCUGGAAGAUAGUUUUGACGGGGCUACAAGUAAUGCAACGUUUUCAUGGAGUAAAUUGGCAAUCUUGAAGGUUAAUUGCUUCGUUUGGAGGGCCUGUACCAGGAGCAUUCCAACUGUUGCGGCCUUGGCAAUCCAUAAUGUGAAUGUUUGUGACGGGAGGUGUAAUUUGUACGACACUUAUCUUGAAACUCCAGACCAUCUCUUUGUUUGGUGUUGCUUCGCCAAAUUGGUGUGGUGGCUGGUAUGUGUUUGGCUGAACGUCCCUACCCCAGUUACUUACGAGUCAGUUGGCCAGAUCUUAAAUCACUGCAGAACAUUAGGCGUGGAGAAGAACAAGAAACAGGUCUUUUACGCCAAGUUUUUGUUGACUAUGUGGUCAAUUUGGAGUGUGCGGAAUGAUAAGCAAUUUAGUUGGAAGUAUACGUUGGCUAUUACAAUUUUAAAGCAAGUCAAGGAGUGUUCGUACCAGGGGAUUCUAAAAAGAUUCAGCUAAAAUCCAGCACACCUUAGACCAAGUGGUAGUGGUCCGAGUAGUGAUGAUGAUUCGUAAGAGGAGGAGGAUGAUGAUGAUUGGUGAAAGUGAUGAAGAGGGUGUGAAGAAGGUAAAAUGUGUGGGUGAAAUGGAAGAAGGGGAGAUACGAGAUGAAGUGAUUGCUUGGAAUGAUGAUGAAGAAAAUAACAAGGCUGUGUAAGGUCCGAUUUGGUCCGAUUAGGUUGAACGGGUACACUUUGAAUAGCCUAAAUGUCUUCUUCUCCAUCAUCCAACUUUAAAUUUGUUUGACCCAUUAUCUUUUUAUAUAUAUUUUAUAUAAAGUUUCAAUGGUCGCAAAAACAUUGUCGAAAAGUUAUUGAAUUUCACAAUAGUUGUUAAAAUUACUCUCUUUGUUCUA